AUUUAAGACUAUUAAGAUGUUUUAAAGUGCGGUUAGUGCAUAUAAUGGAUUAUCAGCUUUGAUUUGAAACUACUUUGAGUUAGUAGCACAGGGAAUGUUGUGAUAAUGCAAAUUUACCCAAAAAUAUAAGAGGAGUGAGAUAACGGGAUACAUGUAUGAAUAUGUGUUUUGAUAAAAAUAUUGUGCAUAAAACUUGUUCGAGGAUUUGAAUCUAAAGAAAAGAAUGUCCUCCAAAGGUCCCAAAGCUAAAAGUUCCAGUAACUUACGGAUCCUGUGGAUUCCAGGAAGGAAGAAGCACAAUCGCAAGGGUGUCUACAAUCCAACGAAAGGCGGACUUCCCCAAUAUCUACCCAACCAGCAGCGAAAAAUCGAAUCCUGGACACUGGGAGGCACAGUUAACCAGACAAAGAUCAUCAAUGCGAAAUUCUAUUUCAGAGAUCUUCACGACAAUCUGGACGUGGGCAUGGCGACGGCUACGGGUGCCAUGAGUUUGGCUACAAUGGCAGCGAACAAAACCGACGAAGCAAGCUCAAGCAAAACUAGUCCCGUUGAACUCAAUGCUGAUGGAACCGCAUCGUGCAGCACAGGCGGGACACAGGUCGUGGAGUUAGUUGUUCUGAACGACUUGAAUGGUGAUAUUAGUAAGAAAGACAUUCCAAGCAGUAAUCAAUUCGACACGCUGGAGCUGAUAGACGAAUGUGAAGAGAAAGAUCGUAACUACUCUAAUGCAGAAUCGGCGUCUUCCCUAUUGUCCUCCAACAACGAUAGUCGAUCUGCAGAUUACGCGCACAAUUCCGCCACACUUGCGAUCGGUGAGGCACGCCGCCAUCGACGACGGGACAGCUACAACAAUUCGAAGAAGGACAGCUGUGAAAACCUCGACACGAUCGAUCACAUCAACGAUAAUGAUGCGGUCGAUGCAGUUAAAAUCAUAUCCCCUGCCGAUGAGCCCCGAUUGGAUGCAUUUCGACAACAGAAGAAAAAGAAGAAGAUGAAAAAUCAUUCCGAUUCAAGGGAAGAUGGCGAGUUGGAUGACAAGGACAAAGAGGAUAAGUUGGUCACGUGCCUGUACUACUCUUUGGUGUGUUGGGAUUGUAGCAUAUCGUAGAGCGUCGUUGCUUCGUACUAUGUCGUAAUAAGACAAACUAGCUACUAAAAGACUACUUAGUUGUUGCCCAUUUUAUACACGUAUGCCGCAAAGGGAGCUCACGGUAUUUUUAUACUGGUCCUUUUUGACAGCAUUAUUAGAUUGGAGAAACUUUCAUUGGAUAUAUUUAGUGGUAAGAACAAUUCCACUUUUUAGUAAGUAAGAAAAUUUAUGCAAUAAACUGUAUUCGAAACAUAA